AUGAGCCGCAGCGUGCAGAACCAAGAAGAGCAGAUCCGACAGGUUCAGGCACUAGUUUUCGAAGGUAUUGGGAGCGAUUCGUGGGCCGCGGGCGACGACGGUACUGUUCGUGCCGACCUCGAGAACCUGCAUAGCCGCCUGAAGAGCUGGGCCAAGAAGUAUGCCAUCGAGGACAUGCGCGAGAUCAGAAAGCUGGUGGCUGAGGAGUACAAUACCUUCAUUCAGCUGUUGGCCGAGGUAGUUCAUCUCAACUCCGGAGUGUCGAGCCCCAUCGAGCAUCUCGAAUCCCCGCUCAUGAACAAGAAAUCUCCUGCCAUGUGCAUCCAGGGGCUGCUUGCACAUCAUGUCUACUCCAGGGUCAUCAGCCAACCGUUCUUUGUGUUUGGCGACGGGGCCACUCUAUUGCAGAGCAUCUUUAAGCAGAUCCAGCAAGGUAUGUGGGACACAUUGCGCUGCAUCGACCAAAACGAGUCGCACAUGCUGCGCUCUAGGACGCUACGGCUCCUCGCAACCCCACCGCCCAGCGCGAACCAAGGGAAUGGCACACAUGACAGCUACAGAGCGCUUCAGAAGGCAACCUGCCGCGAGCUCGCUGGCGUGUUUUAUAACAGCCCAGCCAGGCAUCUGAUCAAGCCGGCCAGCCGCGCAGACGGGGAGGCAGCCUCGCACUGCUUCAACGACCUCGAGUCGAUAAUGCAAUAUGCAGGGGAGCUGUCCCACAGGUUGUGGUCGCGCCGGACGACGCUGCGUGUGCGAACAUUGCACGAUCUCCGGGAGACGCCGUUCCGAGAGGGGUUCGAAUACAUGAGGGCGCACCCGCUCCAUCGCCUGUACGAAGAUGACGAUCGGUGCGACGGCUGGUUUGCCAGUGUCGUAACGCACCCGGCCGUCGUCGGGCUCGGGAGCAGCGACGGCAAGGACUACAGCACCCCUCGCGUGUGGAUCAAGGCGGAGGUAUGGCUGGCUGAAGAUGCUGCCAACGGAGCAGCCCGCGGAGGGGAGGAAUCUCGUGUUUACAAGUAA